CUUUGUGCUUCCCCCCCGAAGAUGGGAGCGACCUCUUCCUGAUCUGGAGCUAUUUAAAAGGAGGGAGCGCGCGGCAGUUCCUCCUCGCGUGGAGGAACGGGGGAAGGAUCCAUCCACACUCCCCCAAACCAGUAGGUUGGGACAGUUGGAAGUCUGCCAUUGUACAACAUGCUGCGAUUCAGUCUCUCGUCCACCUUUUCGAUGGGAUUUCAUCUGUUAGCCAUCCUGGCGCUCUUAUUUUUCCAUGUGGACCGUGUAAGUGCUGAGACAGAAAUGGAAGGAGAAGGCAAUGAAACCGGUGAAUGUACUGGCUCAUAUUACUGUAAGAAAGGGGUGAUUUUACCCAUUUGGGAGCCCCAAGACCCUUCCUUUGGGGACAAAAUUGCUAGAGCUACUGUGUAUUUUGUGGCCAUGGUCUACAUGUUUCUUGGAGUCUCUAUCAUUGCCGACCGGUUCAUGUCCUCUAUAGAAGUCAUCACGUCUCAAGAAAAAGAAAUAACCAUAAAGAAACCCAAUGGAGAAACUACCAAGACAACUGUGAGGAUCUGGAAUGAGACAGUUUCCAACCUGACCUUGAUGGCCCUGGGAUCUUCUGCUCCUGAGAUUCUCCUGUCAGUAAUUGAAGUGUGUGGCCAUAACUUUACUGCGGGAGACCUCGGUCCUAGCACCAUCGUGGGAAGUGCUGCAUUCAAUAUGUUCAUCAUUAUUGCACUUUGUGUUUAUGUGGUCCCAGAUGGAGAGACGAGGAAGAUUAAGCAUUUACGUGUGUUCUUUGUGACGGCAGCCUGGAGCAUCUUCGCCUAUACCUGGCUUUACAUUAUUCUGUCUGUCAUCUCUCCUGGGGUCGUGGAGGUCUGGGAAGGUUUGCUUACUUUCUUCUUCUUUCCCAUCUGUGUUGUGUUUGCUUGGGUAGCAGAUAGGAGGCUUCUGUUUUACAAGUAUGUCUACAAGAGGUAUCGGGCUGGCAAGCAGAGGGGAAUGAUUAUUGAACAUGAAGGAGACAGGCCAUCUUCCAAGACUGAAAUUGAAAUGGAUGGGAAAGUGGUCAAUUCCCAUGUUGACAAUUUCUUAGAUGGCGCUCUUGUUCUGGAGGUUGAUGAGAGGGACCAAGAUGAUGAAGAGGCUAGGAGAGAAAUGGCUAGGAUUCUGAAGGAACUCAAGCAGAAGCAUCCAGAGAAAGAAAUAGAGCAAUUAAUAGAAUUAGCUAACUACCAAGUCCUAAGUCAGCAGCAAAAAAGUCGAGCAUUUUACCGAAUUCAAGCUACUCGCCUGAUGACUGGAGCUGGCAACAUUUUAAAGAGGCAUGCAGCUGACCAAGCAAGGAAGGCUGUCAGCAUGCAUGAGGUCAACACUGAAGUGGCUGAAAAUGACCCUGUUAGUAAGAUCUUCUUUGAACAAGGGACAUAUCAGUGUCUGGAGAACUGUGGUACUGUAGCCCUGACCAUUAUCCGCAGAGGUGGUGAUUUGACCAACACUGUGUUUGUUGACUUCAGAACCGAGGAUGGCACAGCCAAUGCUGGGUCCGAUUAUGAAUUUACUGAAGGAACUGUAGUCUUUAAGCCUGGGGAGACCCAGAAGGAAAUCAGAGUUGGCAUCAUUGAUGAUGAUAUCUUUGAGGAGGACGAAAAUUUCCUUGUGCAUCUCAGCAAUGUCAAAGUGUCUUCUGAGGCUUCGGAAGAUGGCAUACUGGAAGCCAAUCACAUUUCUACACUCGCUUGCCUUGGAUCGCCCUCCACUGCCACUGUGACUAUUUUUGACGAUGACCAUGCAGGCAUCUUUACUUUUGAGGAACCUGUGACUCAUGUGAGUGAGAGCAUUGGCAUCAUGGAAGUGAAAGUCUUGAGAACAUCUGGAGCUCGAGGAAAUGUUCUCGUUCCCUAUAAAACCAUUGAAGGGACUGCCAGAGGUGGAGGGGAGGAUUUUGAGGACACUUGUGGAGAGCUCGAAUUCCAGAACGAUGAAAUUGUCAAAACAAUAUCAGUCAAGGUUAUUGAUGAUGAGGAGUAUGAGAAAAACAAGACCUUCUUCCUUGAGAUUGGAGAGCCCUGCCUGGUGGAGAUGAGUGAGAAGAAAGCCCUGUUAUUGAAUGAGCUUGGUGGCUUCACAAUAACAGGAAAAUACUUGUAUGGCCAACCUGUCUUCAGGAAAGUUCAUGCUAGAGAACAUCCGAUUCCCUCUACUGUAAUCACCAUUGCAGACGAGUAUGAUGACAAGCAGCCACUGACCAGCAAAGAGGAAGAGGAGAGGCGCAUUGCAGAAAUGGGGCGCCCCAUUCUGGGAGAACACACUAAGCUGGAAGUGAUCAUUGAAGAAUCCUAUGAAUUCAAGAGUACGGUGGACAAACUUAUUAAGAAGACAAACCUAGCCCUUGUGGUUGGGACAAACAGCUGGAGAGAGCAGUUUAUUGAAGCUAUCACUGUCAGUGCUGGGGAAGAUGAUGAUGACGAUGAAUGUGGGGAGGAGAAGCUGCCCUCCUGUUUCGAUUAUGUGAUGCACUUUCUGACUGUGUUCUGGAAGGUUCUCUUCGCCUUCGUGCCCCCUACAGAAUACUGGAAUGGCUGGGCAUGUUUCAUUGUCUCCAUCCUCAUGAUUGGCGUACUGACAGCUUUCAUUGGAGACCUGGCUUCCCACUUCGGCUGCACCAUUGGCCUGAAAGAUUCUGUGACUGCAGUGGUGUUCGUCGCACUUGGAACUUCAGUACCAGAUACAUUUGCAAGCAAAGUGGCAGCCACCCAGGACCAGUACGCAGAUGCAUCCAUAGGUAACGUCACGGGCAGCAACGCAGUGAACGUCUUCCUGGGAAUCGGCGUGGCCUGGUCCAUUGCUGCCAUCUACCACGCGGCCAACGGGGAACAGUUCAAAGUGUCCCCUGGCACACUAGCUUUCUCUGUCACUCUCUUCACCAUUUUUGCUUUCAUCAAUGUGGGGGUGCUGCUGUAUCGGCGGAGGCCAGAAAUCGGAGGUGAGCUGGGUGGGCCCCGGACUGCCAAGCUCCUCACAUCCUGCCUCUUUGUGCUCCUGUGGCUCUUGUACAUUUUCUUCUCCUCCCUGGAGGCCUACUGCCACAUAAAAGGCUUCUAAAGGAACAAUCAGAUAUAGUAAAUUUAUAUAUAUAUGAAUAUAUAUACAUAAAAAAUUAUGGAUAACGAACAGAGGAAACUGACAUUUGUCAUGUUCACUUACCUGCUGAUGGAUUCCAGCUUCAAGAGCAUACUCUGUACUAGGGCCGAAGUGAGAGACCAUCACCUCCCAUUCCCAGGGGCAUCGUCACGUUGAACAAGGCAUGGAGGCAGGGCCAUCUUUGCAGCUCAGCCUAGAGGGCUGUGUUCUCUCCACCUUCGUAAAUCCUUAAGUCUUUGAUUUGUUUUGUUUUUCUUGUUUUCGGUGGGGGAUGGGGAGGUGGUUGACGUUUGGCUUUUAUUUUAUUUUAUUUUCUUCUCUUGGGAGGAUGGAGAUUUUUGCUUCUCUCGUGGGAGAUGAUGACCAAUCUAAAUGCAAAUGGUUUUGUGGUAAAAAUUUAAAUCAUUAAGAUUACUCUCUCCUCCCCCAAAUACUUUAAAAAUUAUUAUGGAUUAAGAAAGGAUAUAAGCAUGGAAGAAGAAAGAAGCAUGUCUUGACCAUAUUACUAAACUUCAUGCUUAUCUCUGGAACGUGAGCAGAGAGGAAGCUGCCUCUAAGAAGAAGCAUGGGAGCUCGAACAGGCCAAGCAAAGUGAUGGUUCUAGAUACAGUCUGAUAUUUAAAGAUAUGGUGCCUGACACUCUUGUUCAACAGGUACAGGAAUAACAUGCCUAGAUUCCCAGGAACGUGCAAAAUCCUUUCUUUCUUCUCUCUUUAGCUCUGGACUGUGAUUAGCAAGGCCCUUAUUCUGAUGUUCCAGCCCAACGAACUCCCUAGAUCCCCCAUCCCAAGCCUCCUUCUCCUGCCCACCAUCCUUCAUGCAAACAGGAAGAAUAACCCCAUUCCAAAAGCACAUCAUCCUUUUCCAUUUGCAUCAGUAUGUGUUCCAGUCCCAUGUUGCUGUUGCCUGGAAUCUUCCAUCAGUUUUAUUUUCAAAAGCAUCCAUGGCUUGCAAAAUCCUGUUCCAGUCAUGACUAUUUGCUCCUUUUUCAUGUGCCUGUUUGGGAAUAUUGUUGUGAUACCUGUUACACAGUGCAUGGAUGAAAAACAAAUAAAACAAAACGAAGCGUAUCUGUAUAUAGUAGAGUAUAGCGUAUACUGUUCUCCCAUUCAGCAACGUUGAUUGGACAUUGAAGACAUCAGAGAGUUUUCUUUUCACCUGAGUUGUAACUUUUGUGUUGUUAUUGAGUUUGAUUAUUACUAGGGGUAAAAGGAGAAAAUGGCUUAUUGUUCAUGGAUCGGCACAUUCAUUUCUAAGCAAUAACUGUCAUGCGAGAAGUUAAAGCUAUUGAGAGGACAGCAGGCAAACUAUAAAGUAUCUUCAUGGAAAAUUAGCCAUGUGGGACACAUCAGAGGCCUCUAAAAAUCACCUGUUGGUUCAGGAAGGCCAGGGAGAAAGGCGUUGUAGAGAAAUGGAUGCGUUAGACGUGCCUGGGUUUUUAGAGCUUCCAUUUUCACAACACCCCUGCCCCCAAAGUAUUUAUUUCACAUCUGCUCUGUCUGGCACAGAUGGUAGAUAGUGCUGGUUUGUUCGUUUUAUUUUUUUAUGUUAAAGGUUAUUUUGAGCCCUGUUUCUUUCACCGUCCAGACGCCUCUGAUUGUAUCUGCAGUUCCUGAGUAGAAAGGAAGCCGGGUGACCAAUGGGCCUUUACAAGUGCGUCUUCUCCGCGUAUGGCUAAGAAGUAAGCAAUUAAAUGAGAGGACUAGUGCCUCCUAGGAAGACUGCCCUAGGAGGUUUUUAACCCUGGAAAGGAAUGGCUCUUUCCAUUUCAAAAUACCAAAGAGCGUGGAUAAACCCAACAUUCCAAAUUAGUAAAUCCACCAAUGAGGAAAAAUGGAAUGACUUUGAUCCUCUCUCAGAGAUUUCUCUAUCUAUGAAGAAUCCCAGGCUGGAGACAACCCUGGCCCUCUGUGUUGAUUCAAAGAUACUUAAAAAAUAAAAGCUGUUGAGAGUGAUUUUCUCUUCUUCCACUCAUUAAUCAUGAUCAUUCAUCAUUUAAUAAACAUUUAGUGACUGAAUGAAUAAUUAAAUGCUGGUUACCCACUCAAUACUGUGCUACUCUUGGGGACUUAACCAUGACCAAGACAGCUCAGAUCCCUGCCCUCAGGGGUUCACAGUCAAUGUGAUUGCUAUUUCCAUGAGUAGAAGUUAACACAGCCACAUGGAAACAGUUUAUCUUGCAAGGAAGAACACAAUUAUGAAACUUUUAACAUAAACACAUUGAAAUUGUACAGAUACAAUUGUCCAAAUAUCUAAGGUUGUCUUUAACGAAGAGAGUAUAAAGUACAGGUUAGGAAAAUCAUCCUCUGUGGCCUUGGCCAGUCUUGCAGAUAUGUACAUCUCCCCAUGUUAAACCAAGAAAGGUAAUCAUGUUGAUGAUCCAGAUCACUGAGAAGGCCCAAUCAAUCUCAGUUUUUAUCUUGUUGGAUAAUAGUACUUUUCUAUGCCCCACACCUCUACAAUUCCUCAGAUGUCCUGGAGACUCACCCUUGACUUGUCAUGGCCCAGCACCCUGGUGGCCUAACUCCUUUGAGGGCACAUUCUAACCCAUCUCUCUUUUCUUUGAAGAUUUACUAAGUGGAAAGCUAGCCUAGAAACACCAAGUAAAUAUAGUCAAGGGAUGUGAGUGGUUCAAACAUUAGAAAGAUUUUGUGCUCAUUUUUAGCCGUAUUUAGAAUGUCAAUAAUCCCAUAGCAGAUUUCCACAGAGGACUUUUAAGAAAUUCUUGCCAUUGGUCAGUUUCAAUUUCAAAGCUUUUUGGUUUGUUUGCUUUUUAAAUUUUCAUGUUAUAGCGAAAAAAUGAUUCUGGAUGUUCAGGGUUGUUGUUAAUAAUUAUAGUUGUGUAAAAUUAUUUCAUUUUGUUUGAUUAUUUUAUUUUGUGUGUAUUGUGCACAGCUUUAGGGGAGAAGUGCACUAAUUGUGCUGUUCCUUAUAAAUGGUACACAUUAUUGACACAGACAAAUAAAGUUUCUAAUUGUUUCUGACUUAAUCACUAGCGAUAUAGCAUAUUCUGUACGAAAUGUUUUCUCUCUUCUCAUUGUCAUCUACUUCAUUUUUUGUUUUCAUGUUUUGAAGAAAUAAAGACCAAAAAGGUA